AUGGAUGAAUUUCUGCCAGCCUCCUUCGCUCUGCCCGGCUCAGCUUUCGCCGAUUCCACUCUUUUCUGGGCGAGAGUUGCCGUUUUUCGUCAGGUCAUGUCUGGCGUGUUGGGCCCUGCCUUUACCUCGUGCCUCGACAAAUCAGUCACAGAUGGCGAAUUUCCCAAAACCCUGGGCACCCACCACCGAACAGCCAGGGGCCUCCCGGCCGCUCUAAAUGGGGCUCGUCUCUGCCUCUCAUUCCCUCCUCCCCCCUCAGCCUCACUGGUGUCAUACCUACUAGAAUCAGAAGCAGCACCUUCCGCCCCCCCCAUCGUCCUCAUCACUUCGGGCAUCAUGUUCAUCAGGCGGGUUAUCAUCUGUCUCUGCAGGCGAGGUGAGGGGGUACACAAUGCUGACACCAGCAGAAUGAUGACCUCCUCGGCGGAGGUGUCAGAACGGUGCUACCAGCAUGCCGACACCACCCCCUAA